AUGCUUGCCCGCUUCUCUAGGGUUGAUCCAGACACCAGCAAAUACAUUCGUCCAGCAUUACCUUCCUUGGUAUAUGGCACUCUUACCUGGGUGCGAUCUACCAUUGUCCUCCAGUCUGGCGGAGUCCUCGCUCGCGGUGUCACUAUUGCCACCAGAUAUUGCGCUAUCCGGAGACAAUUCCAAGACCGUGAUGCUCCAGAAUCGGAACUCGGAGAAAACCAGGUCAUUAAUUACAAAAUGGUGCAAAUUCGUUUGCUACCGCUUCUGGCAGCCACCUUCGCCUUGCACUUCACUGGACGAGGCAUGAUGGCUUUAUACGAACAGAACCAGAGCCUCAUGAAGGCUACUGAGACCGGAAGCAAGAAUAGGGGUGCCGGUCCCGAGCAACUGAACCCGGGAGCCGACUUACUCGCUGACCUUCAUGCUACCUCUUGUGGCUUAAAGGCUUUGGGAAGUACCAUUGCUGUUGAGGGUUUGGAAGCUUGCCGUCGUGCCUGUGGCGGACACGGAUACAGCAGCUACAGUGGUAUUGGCCCCUGGUACUCCGACUAUCUCCCCACCGUGACUUGGGAAGGUGACAACUACAUGUUGACACAGCAAGUGGCUCGUUACCUUCUUAAAUCCGCUCGUGCUGUCGUUGCUGGUAAAGCAGCAAAUAAUGACACUUGCCGCGUUCUCAAGAACUACCUCGCUCGCCGAGACACCGGUGCCGCAUUCGACAUUCUCGACAACGAUAAGGAUAUUGUGGAUGCAUUCGCCUGGCGUACUGCAUACUUGACUUUCGAGGCUCUUAAGCACCGAGAUGUUGAAAAGAGAUCCUGGAACAGCCUCCUUGUUGACUUCUGGCGCCUCUCUACCGCCCACUCCCAAUACCUUAUUGUCAAGAAUUUCUAUGAGGCGGUGUCCUCGCCUGCCACUGCUGCUGCCCUUGACCCCGAGACCACUCCCAUCUUGCACAAACUUUUCCGCCUACACGCUCUGCACACUCUCGAACGCGACGCCGCCGAUUUCUUUACCGCUGGAGCUGUGACAACAAGGCAGAUUGUCCUCACUCGCACCAAGGCAGUGAUGACCCUCUUAGAAGAAAUUCGGCCUCAUGCCCUACGCCUUGUUGACGCAUGGAAGUUCCCGGAUUGGCAGCUCGACAGCUCGUUGGGUAGAUACGACGGCAAGGUUUAUGAAGACCUUUUCCACCGGGCAAGCGAGUUGAACCCGGUCAAUGCAAUGACUUUCGAUCCAUAUCCAAGCAAUGAGGCCCUCCUGAAGAACGAGAGAGCCAGCAAGCUCUAA